AGGUGCAAAACUCACGCGUGAGCUCUUGCAUCGUAUCAGUAUCACGCUCACUACCACCGUCCCUAUAUAAACAGCGACUAUUCAAAUUUAAUGUAUUCCAAAGCUAAAACUUAGCUAAGUAACACAUCUUCAGAGCUUUGCUAGCUUUAAGGUUACAUGAAAACUCCCCAGUGAUGAUUUUAUAUAUAUUUUUGCUCACCGCUCUUGCGUGGCCGUCAAGCAGAUGUGAGCCUCCUGUGAAUAGUUACCUCCCUCCUUCUGGCUCUGGUAGUAGACCAUCGUCACAAUAUGGUCCGCCAGGGAGUAAUGGCGGACCAUCGGGCGGAUCUCAACCAGGUGGUGGUUUGAGUCCAAGCGGACAAGAUUCUUACUCAAAUGGACAAACAGGACCAGCUAUUGAUACGCAAUAUGGUCCACCAUCUGCAAGAGGCAAUGGUCAAGGAUCACAAGGUUUUGGCUCUCAACAAAGACCUGGGAACUUCCAAGGCGGUCCACCAGACUCACAAUACGGCCCCCCAGGAGCUGGUAAUGGCCAGGGACCGAAUGGAAGAGGUGCCGGUGGUCGAGGCGGCCCUGGUGGUUCGAACGGCGGUAGAGGCCGACCUCAAUCGUCUUAUGGUCCGCCCAAUCAACAGGGGGGAUCCAAUGGAGGUGGUCCAGGUUUCGGUCAAAGACCAGAUAGCUCAUAUGGACCACCGCCUACUGGAGAUUUCCAAUCUUCAGGCAACGGUCAGUCAGGAAACCAGCGUCAAGGAUCUCAAAGUGGGCCUGACUCAAGCUAUUUGUCACCUAGCGCUGGAUCUCAAGCGUCUGCUGGUGCUGGUGGAUUUAACGGCAACGGUGGUCAGCCAUCAUCGUCAUAUGGUGUUCCUGGAUUUGGUGGCGGUCCUGGUGGCUCUGGAGGUCCAGGGGGAAGAGGCAAUGGUCGUGGAUCUAACUAUGACGAUGGACAAUCUAAUGAGCCGGCUAAAUACGAGUUUAGUUAUGAGGUGGACGACGCUCAGACAGGUACUAAAUUUGGUCAUUCUGAGCAGCGUGAUGGCGACCUGGCCACUGGGGAGUAUAACGUAGUGCUGCCCGAUGGCAGGCGACAGGUUGUCGAGUACGAGGCGGGCCUGCAAGGAUACAUGCCUCAGAUCCGAUACGAGGGUGGGGGCAAUGGUGGCUCUGGAAACGGUUUCGGUCGUGGUGGAGGUGGAGGUGGGCAAGGCGGCGGUCAAGGCUACCCACAAGGUGGACCCGGUGGCAGCUUCCCGGGAGGUGAUAGUGGAUAUCCAAAUUCAGGACAAGAUCAGUCAGGGAGCCUCGGACGAUACCAAGAAGGCGGUUUCGGUCAGAGCGACUCAGGAAGCCAAGGAUUCAUGGGUUAUCCAAGUGGGAGACCCGGUGGCAAUGGACGGAAUGGCAAUGGUCGAGGAGGUAGCCAGGGUGGCCAACUAAGUUCUCAGUUCCCGUCAGGCUCAGGUGUAGAAGAUUUAAACGGCGGUGAGCAAGGGAAUGGAUAUCCAAGUGGUGGUCCACAGGGUGGUCGUGGCUUCCCAGGUAGUGGCUCUGGAGGUGGUAAUGGUGGUUACCCCAGUGGUGGUCCAGGUGGGAAUGGUGAAGGGUUCCCUGGAGGUAAUGGUAAUGGCAAUGGUUAUCCAAGUGGACCUCAAGGUGGUCGAGGUGGAUCUGGAGGCCAGAAUGGAGGUAGAGGACGUGGAUCUCAAAACGGUGGAAAUGGAGAAGAAGGCUACCCUAGUGGUGGACCAAGUGGACCGCGAGGAUCUGGAUAUUAAAAUACAACAACGAUAGCAACUCCUUAAACGAUAGACAGAAAACGCUUUAGUAGGUUCCAUACUUACACACCUAAAUGAAUUAUAAAGCUUUGUA